AACGCUACCGGAAAUAGUGAGAAAGAAGAAGAUGACCUCAUCAUGCAUUAACAAGGAUAGUUGUGAAACAGCUACUUGGUUGUUUAGUGAAACGUGCGCCUGUUUUCAUGUGUUUUCGCAUUUUAAAGUAAGAAUCCGUAUCGCCGGAGCUGUGAGCUGCUGAAGUGAAUCUGAAAGAGGCCUGUAGCUUGUUCCAGCUGGAAGAAAUGAGCUCGGUCCGGCAGGAAGGUAAAGACAAAAUCAUAUUUGUCACCAAAGAAGAUCAUGAGACACCGAGCAGCGCCGAGCUUGUAGAGGAGGACCCCAAUGAUCCGUAUGAGGAGCAAGGUCUGAUUCUCCCCAGUGGAGAGAUAAACUGGAACUGUCCCUGCCUGGGUGGGAUGGCCAGCGGUCCCUGUGGGACUGAAUUUAAGGAAGCCUUCUCCUGCUUCCACUACAGUAAGGAGGAGGUGAAAGGCUCCGACUGCCUGGAGCAGUUCAGGGUCAUGCAGGAGUGUCUGCAGCGCUACCCAGAGCUUUACCCAAAAGAAGACGACGCACCGUCCGGCCAGACGGCCGAGGAGCCCGCGUCCGCAGAGCCGUCAGCCGCGAACCCACCAGCUGGCUCCGAGACGGACCCCGAUCCCUCACAGCCAAUCACAGAGAGCUCAGCAGAGAGCUAGAAUCAGCCUUACUGUCGAGCUCCAGAGCUCAUCUCUCUCAGUUCACAUUUAGUCGUCUGAUGAAUCUGAAAAAUGUAUUUUUCUCCCAUCGAUGUUACUUAGUUCGUCAGAAUAAAAAAAAAAAGAAGUGAUAAACAAAAACUCUUUGGUAAAUAAAAGGGCUUGUUUUGUUGGAUACGCUGUUUACUGGUUACGCCGUCUUCGUAUCAUACAAGCUGAUCAUGCAGCUCUUUGAUUGGCUGCGCAAGAACAAGCUCCCUACUUGAGUAAAAUGAAAGCUACUGUUAGCUUUCAUCAGCUUUUCAAUAAUAAUUUCUUUAGGCAGGUAAUUUAUCUGCAAAACAGAACUCUGUUUUUGUUUUUUGUUUUUUUUUGUGAUUUCUGAAUCAGGACAGGUAGAGUAUCCCUUCUGUUGCAGAUUACCAAAACUCAUUAUGGUUUGGCUCCAUGUUGGUUCCUUAGUGGGUUCCUCGAGUCUAAAUGGAUAGUUAUCUCUAGCUUUUAACUUUAGUCUGUGAUUAUAGGACCAAGCUUAUAAUAGUCACCCAGAGCACAUUGUACUUCUGUUUGCUCACCCGUCUGCUUGUGCCCUCCUUUUUAUAAAAAGUUGUACAAUGUUUCAUACGAAGCUCGAAGUGUAUUUUAUUUUCACCAUGCUGUGGCUGAAUUCUCAGAGAAAUGAAGAGCUGUAAUGUACCGAAGACCACUUCUGUCACUUUUCGUUGUGAGCUCUUCGGUGUUGUUUCCACUGUUGCCUCUCAGGCUGCACUUAUUCUUAAUUUAUAGCCAGACUUGAAAUAUUUACCUCAUCUGAACCAAACUCAACCUUUUGUGUGCAGCAAAAGAACGAUUGCAGUGAAAAUCGCUGACAGUUUUGUAAUAAAAAAAAAAGGUAUUGUAA